AUGGAGCAACCGGUGGCUGCGACAAGAUUACUGGUCAAUGCACCUGCAAGACCGGCUUUGCUGGGCGUACCUGUGAUCAGUGCCAAGUCGGCUUCUUCGGAUAUCCAAAUUGUCGUCCAUGUCGGUGCGAUGCUGCUGGCACAGUCACCCGCACAGUGUACUCAGCUGACGGGAUAUCGAUCGGUACCCGGCCCAGAACACCGUCUAGAGCUCGUUUCGACCGAUAAUCAGUAUCUGCCGGGUGGACCACUAGUCGAUCUCCUGGAGACGGUUGAGGCAAACACCGGAUCUGCCGAGCUGCCUGAUCUGACAAAGGGUCAGAGUCAGUUCAAGUGGCGGUUCUCCAAGAGUCUGCCUACAUUCCUGAAGAUACCGGGACUUAGCGGACUGUUGACUCGUAGUUACGGAUCCAUUCUGGUAGAACUGCACGCUGAUUGCCUGCCAUCCGGUCAGUGUGGUAUAGUCACGCCGAUCGAGGAGCCACGGUCCCCAGUGGAACCCCCAACGUCAGCCGGUGCUAUUCGAACGGUAAUUGAAGAUCCAAACAAGGUCCACGCAAGGAUGCUCGCGCUGAACGGUCAACUGGAGUUCGAAUAUCAGCCAGUGACACCACCGCCUCGGACCUCUGUCAGUUCCGGCGAUCUGGGCGCUGAAUACUAUCCAAUCUGGAUGAAGGAGUCGGACUGGGUGCUCACACGAAUUUCCACACAACAGCUGCGCGUCAGACCGACUCGCGCUGCUCUGAUGAUGGCACUGAAGAAUGUAACCUCCUUCUCCGUGCGUUUGUUCAUGCCCAGGGCAGAUCCAAAGGUGUCGGCAACCGACCUGAACUACUUCCCGCCGAUAGUGGUGCUUCCCCAACCAGGUCGCGGCGGCGACUACUAUGACGACUUGGUUGAUUGGACCAAGCCAUCGCAGAAUGGCACUAUCGCAGCUGGUGGCGGUAAGUAUAUGUUAAACAAAUGA